AUGGCUGAGGGCAGUGAGGGUUGGUCGCGCGAAGACGAGCUUGACUUAGGCCAGGAAGACGAUCCCAGACAACCCGACCAUGGCGCCCUCGAUCAAACAUUACCUUCCCCGCAGGAACCAGCGGAAGAGCAAUUGGAUACGAUAGACGAUGCGGAGGACCACGAUUCCGAGAAGACAGUGGAACAGAAGGACUUUAACUUCCCAGAAACGCCUCCACCUCGAAACGCGGACUGGACUGCGACAGGGAGUGUGGAUGGAACAGGGUCAAACCCCGACGAUUCCCCAUCGCUACAUGGCUCUAUUCCAUCCUCCCUGAGUAGCAGUGCUCUUGCGCUCCGCGGAUCUCCGCGAGUCAGCCCCAGCCCGGCCCGUCGCCCCUUUGACCUUCGCUUCCAGUCCCGAUUAUCUUCAUCGCCGCAAAGUGUCUCAAGAGCCAGCUCGCCAUUCCUAGCCCAUCUUCACUCCCGGCAAUCUUCAAUCACCAGCCAGCUGUCCCCGACUCCAGAAACAGAAUCCGAACCGCUCCAGGGGCCAUGGGAUGUGGUACGAUGGACAAAGCUGCGGAAGAUCACGGGGCAGGCGUUUUCAGAAAUCGGGAAACGCAAUUUCGGACGGCCAACUUGCCUUGCAGUCUCCACAUCUAUUGUAAUAGGUACAUCCAAGGGUAUCAUUCUCGUGUUCGACUAUCAGCAAAGCCUGAAGACUAUUAUUGGAACGGGCACACCAGCUGUUGGAUGCGGUGCUGUUACAUCCCUAGCACUUUCCGCCGACCAUUCUACCGUUGCAGGGGGGCAUGACUCGGGCGACAUCUUUACCUGGGAGAUUUCGCGCUCAGCAAAGCCUUUCCUUCAUAUCCCGCCAAUCCCGGCGAACCAAGUCGAGACUCGAAUAUCCGAUGGCCAUCUUUCAGGGUCCGCGAUCAUUCAUAUCGGGUUCCUCGGCACUAGACGAACCGCGCUGGUUUCGGCUGACACACGGGGCAUGUCGUUCUCACACCUGGCAACAAGAGGAAUGGGGGCAGUGGGACGAACAGUCAGGACGACUCGAAUCCUAGGUCGAUACCCCCAGGCAACAGCAGAGAUCAAGCGGCGGAAGCCCAGCUCUGUCCUAGCUUUCUCUCCUCUGCCACUCGGCAACGUAGAGCAAUCCACUGAUUCUUUAGGCCUUGUUGCUAUGCUGACGCCCUAUCUUCUCGUUAUUGUGUCCACCACACCAGUGGCACAAACCCAGCACAAAGCACCGAGACCCAAAGAAGUUCCUGCUCACAGUGCCAUGACUGGUGCUUUAGCAUGGUUUCCAGCCAUUCGGCUGAAGGGCAAAGACACCCAAGCUUCAAACACAAAGCUUGUCUACUGCUGGUCAAAUGUGCUGACCGUGCUUGAAGUCUCGGAGGCCGAUUCGAACGAACCUGCAGACAAAGACAAGCCUCCCAGCCUUGUUUUCAGAGCGCGCAGCAGAUGGAGAGCAGAUGAAGCCAUUGUGGCUGUUCAGUGGCUUAGUCGUUCGGUACUCGCGGUGUUUACAAUAACGCAGCGGCUGUUGAUCAUCGAGGAUUAUUCCAUGCAUGUGACUGACUCGGUCGAUCUAGCCAACAGACACAUAUAUCAUACCGACCUGUUCUCCUCGCAGCUUCAUUCGCUAGUUGAACAGCUUGACGAAGACGAUGAGUCGAUGCACGGAGUAGUAGCAGAUGCAUUCCACAUGAGUUUCCGUUCUUAUAAAGGGCGCCUUUUCUUGCUUGGUUAUAACGAAGCCUUGGUAGGCAAUCUCUCAAAUUGGGCCGAUCGCUUGCUGGCGCUGAUGGAGGCUGGUGACUUCAUUGGGGCCAUUCGACUAGCGACAUCCUACUAUACAGGAGAGUCGGAAAAGCUGACGGUUGGGCUUCCGGAAGAAGAUGCUUUGAGACAGCCCAUUGUGCAAGAAAGGCUUUUGGAAAUGAUCUCCGCAUCACUCAAGUAUGCUUUUGGUCGAAAUUCCGAAGCAAACAACGGUCGACUUGGGAACCAGCAGCUGGAGGAGCUAGCAGACGUUUCUAUCGCCGCUUGUAUUUACAUGGCUGAUGAAGAGUUCCUCUGGGAGGAAGUCUUCAACUGGUAUGAGGAGCAAGAUUCGGCAGGUAUUUUCCUGGAUGCCCUCGAGCCACGCAUCGUUGAUGGAACUCUGCGAUCGCUACCUCCGACCGCAGUUAAGGCCUUAAUCAACCAUUUCAUUGGAACUCACUCGACCGGCCGCUUGGAGGAGAUCAUAUGUCUUCUUGAUACUACCACAAUGGACAUCGAUCAAGUCACAACGCUGUGUAAGCAGCACAAUCUUUACGAUGCCUUUAUAUAUGUAUGGAACCGCUGUUUGAUGGAUUAUGUGGGGCCACUGGAAGAGCUACUACAGCUUAUUCCAUCACAAACUGAGCCCUUGGUCAACGGUGACUACGUGAUUGAAAUGAGACGGCAGAACAAUGCGAUGAAAAUGUUCCCCUAUUUGUCAUUUAUCUUGACGGGUCGCAUCUAUCCCACCGGAGACGACAUGGAUGAAACUGAAGCCACACGAGCCAAAACAGAUUUGUACCAAUUCCUCUUCUCAGGCCGUGGGUCUGAUAUGGUACCUGGAGAUACCAACGGGGCAGACUCCUUCUCUCAACUUCGAGCUAUGCUCAAAUUCGAUGCUUCCAGCUUCAUGAGCAUGCUCAACGAGGCAUUCGAGGACAGCUUCCUCAAUGAACCCGAGAGCGAGGGUGUCUCUGCAUCGGGCAUGUUGAUCAAUCGACAGUACCUCAUCAGCAUUUUGCUGCAAGUCAUGACCACCAAUUUUUUCACACCUCUUGAUACUAUCUACCUGGAUAUGUUUGUUGCGCGCAAUCUUCCCAAAUACCCCCAGUAUAUUCUCCUUUCUGGAACCACCCUCCACCAGGUCCUGGUCCGUGUAUGCCAAUAUCCCGAGCAGGAAAUGGCAGACGAUUGCGAAUUGAGCGCAGAGUAUCUGCUGUCGUUUUACCACCCACCGGACAUCCAGAGCAUGAUUCCUCUAUUUAAAGAAGCACGCUUCUUCCGGAUUCUCAAGUCGACCUACCGUUUAGAGAGGCAAUAUCCCCUGUUAGUUAUGACUUACCUGGAGGAUCCGAAUGACCGCGACGCUAUCUUCACCUGCCUGCAUGACUGCCUCCGUCCAGGCUCUGGGCUUGGCAAGAAACAGAGACGCGAUAUAGUUGAUGUAGUCAAGGAGCAUGCCCGAGAGAUCGCUGCAAUUGACGUGACGCAAGCCGCACAGACGAUGCAAGACUUGGCCCCUGAAACACACUCGACGUUUUUGCGGAUUCUAGAAGAUGACCCCCAGAAACAGUAUCAGUACUUGCUGGUCCUGGUCGAGCCGCAGGCUCAAACUGCAGACACUCAAUCUUUGCCCAGUAUUGAGAACUGGAUGAUCGAGCGGUAUGUGCAGCUCUUGUGCAAAUACAACCCCACCCAUGUCGCGGAGUUCGUCGACGGACUGCGAGUUGGUGACAUCCACCUCGACGAACUGCUCCCGUACAUUGAGGAAAGCGGAGCCAUCGAUGCCGCCGUUAUCCUCCUCGCCCGACAGGGUCAAGUCCGCGAGGCCCUUGACCGUCUUGUCGUACACCUGAGCACCCUCGAAUCCGGUUUGGUGGGCAUCCUCCAGAGCGUGCGCGAGAGUCCCGAUUCAGCGACUACCGCCGAGGCAAUCGACGACCUGAUCGAGUCUCUGAACAAGUAUACCGGUGUCGGAACUUGGCUCUGCCAGGGCCAAAGUAAGACAGCCAAGCAGUCGCGUACAGGCAGCGCCAACGGUAAACGCAACGCGCCAACUCUCGACCAGCCUCUAGCCUUCGACGAACUUCUCUGGCUUGACCACAUCGAAGCCGUGGUCCGCAUCGCAAGCAACGUCUUCGCCUUCAUCCAAGGAAACAACACCCAAAUAACCCUCCCCGCCCAACCAACAACAUCCCUCGCCGGCGAAAGCGGGCGCCUAACAAUCUCCUUCCGCACCCUUGUCCAGCAAGUCUUCACGGCCCUCCUAGCAAGCACAGUAAAAAGCAGCCCAGCCACAACCGAAAGAACAGACAUGUCCUUCCUACGCAUCCUGCGCGCAUUCCUCACCCGCGCCGCAACCUGGUCCCCCUCCUUACUCGAGCUGCGCGCCGUGCUAGCCUCCAUCUUCUCUGCCUACUCCUACGAGAAAUCCCUGCUGACCCUCGCAAAUGGCAUGCUGGACCGCGACCUCUUCGUUCACGUCGACGAAGUAUCCCGUCUACGCCAACACGGCUGGCGACCCCGUGGCCACGUGUGUGAGAUCUGCCGCCGCCGCAUCUGGGGCCCCAGCGUUGGUGACGCGCAUUGGUCCGCAUGGGAAGCGCGACGCGCCGAUGCCUAUGCCCGCCGCAUCGCGAGACGUGAUGAGGAUAGCUAUAACCCGUCUGAGCGCGGGAAGGGCAAGGCUGCUGAUGUCGGAGUCGGUCAUCCGUCGCGACUAGAUGCGGGCGGUGCCCAUGCGCAUGCGCAUGCCCACGUUCACCACGAGCAUGGCGCUCGUGGCGGUGGUAUGUCCGAUGCCAACGCUGGCCAUGGCGACGAUCAUGACCACGACCACGAUGAGGCUGGAGUUGGAUCCAGCACUGCGGCUACAGUCGCAGACAGCGCCCCAGAACCUGUCGUCGUUUUCGCCUGUCGUCAUCUCUACCACCGACGCUGCGUGCUGGGCGCCGUCAGCGCGGGGGCCCGACCCGCUGAAACCGCGUUCCGGCGUGACCAUUUGGCCGACUGGUCAGGGGCCGAGCUGUUCUGCCCGCUCUGUACAUAG